CUAUUUUUAUAUCCAUGUCUUCCUGUUUGUCAUUUCUAAAUAUGAUGAUGCACAUAGGAUAUAGAAUUAUUAUUAUUAUUAUUAUUAUUAUUAUUAUUAUUAUUGUUUGUUUCCUGUUUUGACUGGUGCGGUGGGUGAGGUGUGGGCAUCUCCCAACGAACGUCUCCCAAAUUUUAGCAAACGCACCAGUAUUAAUUCGCGGAAAGGCCAAGCCCGGCAGGAGGAAACACCCGGCAACGCAGCAGCAGCAGCAGCAGGAGGCGAGAGAGGAUAAUUCACCUGCACGGAGGAGGCGACUUCGCUGGGAACCACGAACGAAUAUUGUUUGAAGCUGCCACGCUCGGACCAAAUUUUAUGAAACCAGGCGCAUAAAUCCAAAACGAUCCCCAUUCCUGCAAAUUCGAAAAGGGAAACCCUCCACUUCGAAAGAAAAGGAAAGAAAACGAAAAAUAGUGGAUUCUUUCUGCAAAAUUCUCUUCGAUUUAUGGUGGUUGUUGAAGUAGGACAGACGUUUCAGCAUAGGAGAAAGAGCAACUUAACGCACUCGACUUGUUUGAAGAAAGGGAGCUCUACCUGUACCACUGACAUAUUUAUUAAUUAAUGAUAUAGGAACGAUGCAGAUUUAUGCUGUAAAACUUUAUGAAUUAUGCUCAAAUUAGGGGAAAAAUUAUUGAAGGCACAAAAACUUGUGAAAAUGCUAUGCUCAGUACAUGAUACUUGACUUUGAAAUCUAGUCAUGCUUUUUCUUUUUCAAAAAAAAAGCUCCAAUAACUGCUAAAUUUGUAUUUCUGAGCCCAAAGAUCCUUAGGUAAACAUGGAGGAAUCUCAUGCUAGCUAGUUGUAGUCAACUGAAUUGGCUUGAAAAGAUGAAUCUAGAAUUACAGUAUCUUGUUGUAUUUGUCUAUCACGAACUUUAUUUCUUGGGAUGCAUGUAGAACUUUGUUUCCCACAAAUUAGAGAAAACUACUCACUGUAGACUUGUAAAGUAUUUAAUUCCAGAUGUGGAGGCUUUCAAUAACUUUUCUUGGUGCAUAAACUUUGGUUAGGUGAUGCCAACUUGAUUUUGAUGUGCUUUAUUGUUGGUGCUUCAACACAAACACACAUGUGCACAUGCUUACAUGCAGAAACAGAGACAAGUUGAACACCAGCAAUAUAUUGUCGAUAGCAAGUGUUGUUAUCACCAAAGUUUCUGUGCGAUCGGUUUUUGCAGAUGAGGGAGGAUAGCGCUACGUUUACUGUGGAUGAUGCCUUCCUAUCAAUGAGGUUUGGGAAAUUCCAAGCCCUUGUGCUUGCUUAUGCAGGGAUGGGUUGGGUUUCAGAAGCGAUGGAAAUGAUGCUUCUUUCAUUUGUGGGGCCUUCUGUUCGCAUGGAGUGGAAGCUUUCUUCUUAUGAAGACAGUAUGAUCACAAGUGCUGUUUUUGUGGGCAUGCUAUUGGGAGCAUAUUCUUGGGGCAUAGUUUCAGAUAACUAUGGAAGGAGGAUGGGGUUUCUAUUUACAGCACUACUCACCAGUGGUGCUGGUUUUCUUAGUGCAUUUUCACCUAAUUAUCUAUGCUUGGUUAGUCUCCGUUUUAUUGUUGGUAUGGGAUUGGGAGGCGGGCCUGUGCUUGCUUCUUGGUUUUUGGAGUUUGUUCCUUCUCCAAAUAGAGGUUAUUGGAUGAUUGUUUUUUCAUUCUUCUGGACUAUUGGCACAAUCUUGGAGGCUUCUCUUGCGUGGGUUGUCAUGCCAUCAUUGGGUUGGAGAUGGUUACUGGUGUUUUCCUCUGCACCGUCAUUUCUUUUGCUUCUAUUUUAUGGUUUUGUGCCUGAGUCACCCAGGUAUCUUUGCAUGAAAGGCAGAACAGCUGAUGCAAUGGUUGUUUUGGAAAGCAUGGCCAAGAUAAAUAGUGCAACACUCCCUCCUGGCCUGCUUAUUUCUAAUCACAAAGCGGAACUAGAUGAAACUAUUGAUCCUUCUGAAGAAUCACCUUUAGUCACACGUUCAAAGACUGACACAGCCACUGAUGAAGAUGUAGGAUCUAAUAUAGGAGGAAUCAGUGCAUUAUAUAAGCUUUUAUCACCAAAAUUGAUCAGAUCAACUCUUCUUAUCUGGAUGGUUUUCUUUGGAAAUGCCUUUGCGUACUAUGGCAUUGUUUUGCUAACCACUGAAUUGAGCAAUGACCACAGAGAUUGUACAUUGAAGGAGCUGCGCUCAAUCCAAACAAAGGAUGUCAACCUCUAUGGAGAUGUAUUUAUAACUAGCUUUGCUGAGGUUCCUGGGCUUCUCUUGUCAGCUGUAAUUGUGGAUAGGGUUGGUCGCAAGCUUUCGAUGGCAGGCUUGCUCUUUGUAAGUUGCAUUUUUCUGCUUCCGCUGAUAUUUCAUCAGGAAGAAGCAUUGACAACAACCCUUCUGUUUGGUGCUCGGGCAUGUAUCAUGGGAAGCUUCACAAUUAUAUACAUAUAUGCUCCCGAGGUUUACCCUACCUCAGUCCGGGCCACUGGUGUUGGUAUUGCAAGUUCGGUGGGAAGAAUUGGUGGGAUCAUUUGUCCACUCGUCGCUGUUGGUUUGGUUCAUGGCUGUCAUCAGGCUGGAGCGAUUCUUUUAUUCGAAUCCGUGAUCUUGCUCUCAGGGUUGGCCACGCUUUUCUUGCCUCUGGAGACCAGCGGCCGUGCGUUAACUGAUUCUGUACAGUAG